UAGCUAAGGUAGCAGAGAUCUUGAAAUUACGACGUCCUCACGUGUUGUGAAUGCACCAUUGAGUCUUUCCAGGCAGACGUUGUAUGCUAGCUAGCUCAGGUUAGCUAACGACACAACUAUAAAUUGUCAAAGGCUAGUAUUGGCUAUUUAAAUUAGCUACGAAUCGAGUCACGAUGAGUGAGCAACUAAAAUUGAUUGUCGAACAACUGAACAAAGAUCCGUUUAGGAAAAACUUUAAUCUCAUCACGUUUGACUCCCUCGAACCGAUGCAGCUGCUCCAGAUUUUAAACGACGUUUUAGCUGAAGUCGACCCAAAGCACGCUAUUGAUAUUCGCGAGGAAAUGCCCGAACAAACAGCGAAGAGAAUGUGUGCUCUGCUUGGGAUGCUGAAAUACAAACCACCUGGCAACCAGUCUGAUCUGAGCGGUUUCAGACAGGGUCUCGUGGUCGGCAGCAAACCCGCGGUCCAUCCCAUCCUGCACUGGCUGCUGCAGAGGGUCCCGGAGCUCAAGAAGAGAGCUUACUUGGCUCGCUUUCUUGUCAAACUUGACGUUCCCGCAGAGUUCCUGGCGGAUGACGUCAUCGGCGACACAUACCACCAGUAUGAAGAACUGGUGGAAGGAUUUAAGACCAAUCAUAAGGAAUGUGAGCAGCUCAGGACAUCAGGGUUUUCCACGGCAGAAAUCAGAAGGGACAUUGGUGCAAUGGAGGAGGAGAAGGGCCCACUAAUUAAACGUGUGGAAAGGUUGAAGAAGAGGGUGGAGUCAGUGUCCAACCAUCAACAGAUGCUGGAGCAGGCCAGACAGCUGAGAGUUGAGAAAAAGAGAGAAGAGCAUUUGGCUCACCAGAAGCAAGAACAAAAGAACCAACUGUUUCAGGCACAGCAGAGGCUGCAGAGGUUGCAGCAGCAGUUGAAGGACAUGCGACAUGCUGCAGCUGAUGCCAGUCCAGAUAGUUUAAUGAAGAGGCUCGAGGAGGAGAUUAAGAUCAAUUCCUACAUGGUCUCUGAGAAACUUCCCAAAGAGUUGGAGGUCCUCAAGCGUACAGUGCAGUACCUUCAAAAAGUGGCAUCAGAGCCCGCCAUGGGUCAUGGUGAUCUCCUGGAGCUGAGGGACAAGAUUAAAGGAGUUGACAUGCAGAUAAAUCAUCUGAUUGAGAAGAAGAUGAUGAGAAGCGACCCUAUUGAUGACAAGCUGACUCUCUACAGGCAGCAGGCAUCCAUCAUCAUCCGUAAAAAGGAAGCAAAAGCUGAAGAGCUGCAGGAAGCGAGGGAGGAGUUAGCAGCUGCAGAGCGGGAGCUGACACAUAGGACCAGCCAGGCACUAGCCUCCAACGGAGAAGAGGUCGUCCGGGGUGACGAGUUCAGGGUGUACCCCGCCUCUCGCCCAAAGAUAGCUGGGAUGGGGUCCAGCACGCCCGCGACCCUCCUGAAACGUUUGGUGGUGAAACUGCGAAGCAAAGGUACGGUAUACAAGAAGAAACGUCAGGAAAUUGCAGAGCUGAAGGCAGAGUAUGGAGUUUUACAACGGACGGAGGAGAUUCUCAAGCAAAGGCAUGAGGCUGUCCAAGAGAAACUGCAAACUAUGGAAGCUGAAAAGGGUAUCUCUGGCUACAGCAACACUCAGGAGGAACUAGAGAGGGUGUCAGCCAUCAAGAGUGAGCUAGAUGAAAAGAAGGGCCGCACACUGGAUGAUAUGUCUGAAAUGGUAAAGCAAUUAAACUCAAUGAUAGUGGAGAAGAAGUCUGCUCUCGCUCCAAUUAUCAAAGAGCUGAGGUCACUGAGGCAGCAGUGUCAGGUGUUAAAUCAGGAGCAUGAAGAAAAGAAAUCCCAGUAUGAAAGUUGUGGUGCUGGUCUGGAGAGCAACAGAUCUAAAUUGGAGCAGGAGGUGAAAGCAUUGAGAGAAGAGACGGCACAGGAGGAAAACCGAUAUCAUUACAUCAACAGCAAGUCCGAGAUCACUGAGAUGCAAAUACAGCGAGCGGCUGAGGAGAUGAAGGCCUAUGUGUCCUCUGAUGUCCAGGAGAGGAAAAGAGCAAUCAGGGAAGUGUACAUGAAGAACAUUGCAGAGCAGGAGUUACUUGGCAAGAAGUUACGUGAGAAGCAGAAGAUGGUGAGGGAGAGCCACAGUGCUAACAUGGAGCAGAUGAAGAUGUGGCAGGACUUGGAGCAGCUGAUGGAGUGCAAGAGACAGUGCUUCAUAAAAGUGCAGAAUGAGGCAUCUGUCGGUCAGGUCAUCCAAGAAGGAGGAGAGGAUAGGCUUGUACUGUGAGGGUUAACAUACUUUCUAUGUGUGUAAAUCUACUUCCUUUUAAACCUUACUGUGCUAUGUAUUUAAUGUAAUUUGCUUCAUGAAAAUGCUUCAUAAGCGUUAUUUCAUUAUUCAUGGGAUAUCUACAACUGUAACAAUGGGUUACCGUUUCCUUACAUGAGGAGCACAACAGUCCAUUUUGUGAAAGGAUUUCAGAUGAUGAUCUCCAAUGUUUUAACUCUCUGUGACCCACCAGACCUUUUGACACAUGCUUAUCCUUAAUAUACUUUCGAUCCAAGUGUCUAGCGAUAACAGCACACGAAGUCUAGUACCGGUGGUCACGGUCAACUAUUGUUAGCAGGAAUAACAUGACCUUGGACUGUGUGUCUUGCCAAUUUUGGAGCUAACUGUUGCAAUUCAUACAAUCAGAUUUCAUAUCAUCAGAUUUCAUUGAAUGGUACGGCAUGGCCAUGUUGAUUUUGACUGAUAGUCUGCAUUUAAAAAAAUGAUUACAUGCGAUUUGCCAGAGUAAUCUAAAAAUAACGUAUUUUGACUUUUGUAACGAGCAACUGUAAUGAUUUUGUAAUGAAAAUAUUCAAACUCAAA